AUGCCGCGGCGCCGCUUCAGCACGCCUGCUAAGCUGCAGCAGCCCAAGCCGCUGCGACAUACGCUUGUACGCGCGCGCUCCGACGAAGGCUGGAUGCUGCUCGAGCGCGGCAAUUUCGAGGUGUACCUGCCCGCGCUACCCACCGCGUGGAGCACCGACGGCCUCCCCCUCUCCCAUCAGCCGAGCAUCCAGGCGCUCACCCACGCCUGCGCUGAUGCCGACUCCCUCUCCAGCGUCGAGGCUGAUGUUGGCCAUCUCACCAUCCCGGUCCGCACGAGCAGCCUGGAAAUCGCACGGCGCGAUUCCGAGAGCGGUGUUCACGUCCGCCCAUCACUGGACGUCGUGGAGAUGUCCCGCUCCAGUCUAGAUGCGCCCAAUGUGCCGUCCAAGUUUGUGUACAAGACGCCUUCGUUCAUUAUUCACGAGCGCGAUUGCUUCCCCUUCCGACCCGCGAUCCUCGUGCAGGCGCCGACGCCGCCUCGCGCUGUCUCGGGCCCAAACGCCACUGGCGCCUUUACAGCGCCGCCUCUCACGCCGCCCUCAACCAUAAUAAAGGAGCCGGCGCCCCUCCCCUUUCCGCUCGUGCCGCGUGAUCCUUCCAUCACGUCGAUCCCCUCCCUUUCCGCCGCCUCGCUUCACUCGACACUGUCCCCUUCCAUCUCCUCUCCCCCGCCUGUUCCCACGCACCUGCCACCUCCCGUCGACACUACACCCCGCGAGCUCGCCGAGCGCUCUGAGCGUGUUCAAACCCUCUCCGACUCGGUCAUGCGCUCGCGCGCCUACUCGGCGCUCAUGAACCGACACUGUGAAACCCUGAGCGUGGCGCUCGAGUCCACCGCCGAGCUGCAAGAUGCUCGCGCCGAGAUCGUGCGCCUCAAAUCCAAGGUCGCGCAAUACCGCGCCGUCAACCGCACGCUUGUGGACUGGGGGAUGAGGUUGCGAGAGGAGAACGAGGUGCUUCGCGCUGAGGCGGGGGAUGCGCCGGGCGUGGUGUUGUUUGACCCGGAGCGACACAUGAGGAGCAGAGAUGACGAUGAGGGGUACGAACUGGGCGAGAAGGGGUAUGAGGAGGACAGCUGGCGCAUAGACGAGGGCGACGAAGAAGACGAGUAUGGGUAUGACGAGGGUGUGUUUUAG